AUGGAGGCCAGCCGGGUGGGGCAUUCGCAGACCCCGAGCUCCUGGAGUGAGCGAGGGGCGGCACCUGAGUUGGCCCAGCCGGGUGGGACCCAGCGCGGGCUGCAGGCGCAGACGUCUCAGCCCUUAGCGUUCGGGCGGGCGGGUGGUGGCCGCGCAACGCGGGGCUGCCGCCCGGAAGCCCCCUGCAGCCUCUUUCCGGCAGGGAGCCGACUCUUCCCGGCAACCUGA